GUCAAAGUCUAUGUGCCAAAAUAGCGAGUAGCCGAGUAGAAUGAUUGAGUGCGUGCAUAUUAUAUAUACAUACUACAAGAUGCAAGUGGUGGAACAUAGGUCGUGUAUAUAAAGAGGUGAAAGGAAAAUUUCAAGAAGGAAAACAAAAACGAAACACACAAAGACAAACAGAGAAAGAGAAUGGAAAAACAAUUGUAUCAAACCAUGGAGGCUGCUCACAUCGAACGAGGCAUAGACUCAUCGCCAGAAAAGGAGAUGGCAAAAACACAUAAGCAUAGAGGACUAUUCCACCUCCACCACCACUCAAAAGAUGAGAAAGAUGAAGACAAAAAGAAAGAAGGAUCAAAGAGAGAGAAGAUAGCUGCAGCAAUGGUUGGUCUCGGAGCCACACUCAAGAAAGUUAAGCAUCCACGCCACCAUGGAAGUGGUGGACAAGAGGAACAAGAAGGAGCAGCAGAGGAAGAAGAAGUAGAAGAAGAAGAGGAGGAGGAGGAGGAAGAUGAUGGUGGAGAUGAAGAAGAGGGAGGCAAGUUUAGUGCUUUCAUUUCGAUGAUCGCCGAAGCAUUUGAAGAAUAGAAAUUGUAAUUUGUUAUAUUUUGUUUAUUCAAACUUGCUAUCAAAUUUAGUAUUUGUAAUGUUUCCUUCUUAGCAAACUUUGUAAUGUUAUUUUGAUUUGAAGAUUUAUAAAAUGGUAUAUAGUUACAUAUAAUGAUAUUUGUUAUGUAUUUGAGUAGUUGUAAAAGUAGUUUGAGAUAGAAAGUCCUAUCUUUUGUUGUGGGGAUAAGAGAAAUAUAUCUUACA